UGAGAUGUCGUGAAAUUAGAUUGUUCCCACAUGGGAACGCUAUGAUUUUGUAUGCAAAAAAUUACCUAAGAAAAUAUUUUACACAUAUUCAGCGGGAUAUGACAUUGUUAGGCUAUAGGGUGUAAUGAUUACCAAUGUAUGAUGCAAUUUGAUGAUUCCCUUACAUCACAGUAUUGCGUCAUCCUGUUGCGAGCGUAUAUAUAUAGCCUACAACCGAUCGUCAGAGCACAUAGCCAUUUGAUUCCCAACCAUACAGUCUGCUGUUUGUGCAUACUGUGCAUCCUUCUAUUAUGAGUGAUCAACAUGCUGUCAAGCAUCUUCUAUGGUCAUGGGGAAAAUGAACACUUUGUUACAGUCCGUGAGGCUUGUGAUAGAGCAGAAGAGGAUGGUUCCAGAGUUCGAAACGUUGUUGUACUUCCUCCUGAAAGUGGUGAUCAAGAUGUUGAAAGUGAUGUUGAGGAUGCUACGAGCGUGAUGUCCAGUGAUGAGGAAGCAUUUGAACCAGCUGGAGAAGUGGAAGUGGAUGAUACUGAUGACAGUGAGGAUGGGUUAGAAGAACCACCUUCAAAAUCGUCUCGAGCCACCGGAUGGAAAAAGAAGUCGGAAUUUAGGCGUAACUUAUGCUACGAUCCUCUGGAGAAGCUUGUCGAUUCAUUUCCUGACCUGACUAAAUUAUCCCCGUACCAGCUAUGGGGACUGAUCUAUUCAUCAUCCAUUUUGGAUACCAUUGUAGAUCAAACAAAUCUGUAUGCUAGGAGGGAUAAGAACCAACCAAAUUUUAGUGCCAACCACGAUGAGAUAAGGACUUUUCUUGGCAUUAUACUUCUCUCAGGGUACCACAGACUGCCGGAGGAGCGCCAUUACUGGUCCACUCAGCCUGAUCUGGGAGUUCAGCUUGUGUCUGCUGCUAUGACUCGCAACAGGUUUCAAGCAUUGAAGAGCGUUAUGCAUUUUGCAGACAAUCACAACCUGCCAGCAGGAAACAAAUGUGCCAAAAUUGAGCCAAUCUACACAAUCAUCAAUGAAAACCUAAAAAAAACAUGGCAUUUUCCAUCAGAAGCUCAGUGUAGAUGAAUCCAUGGUGCCCUACUAUGGACGGCACUCUGCAAAAAUGUUCAUCCGUGGAAAGCCAAUCAGAUUUGGCUACAAGAUCUGGGCACUUUGCGGCAAUGACGGCUACCCAUAUAGGCUGAAGCUCUACAAAGGCAAAGAAAAUGAUCAGACCAAACUUCCUCUAGGCAUCAGAGUUGUAAAUGACAUGAUGUCGACAAUUCAGUCUUCAUCCACAGUCACCAAGCACGAAGUAUACUUUGACAAUUUCUUUACCUCACAUUUUCUAUUG